AUGUCGAGAGUGAAUUGGCUAGCUCGCUGGCCUCCCUCUUGUCCCAGAUUGCGGCUGCCGUCCCUCAAAGGUUUCGAGUGUGGCAGGUUUUUCAAGUGUAGCCGGUUGCCAACAUUCAAAAAGCUCUUCGAGUUCCGGAAACCCACAUGGGUCAUCGUCUUCCAAUUGUUGUUCGCCGAAGCCACCCUGCCUGGGCUUCGGAAUGUGUUCGGAUUCGGCCCUCCGAUCCCUCGCCUGCUCUUCGCUGUGGCUUUCGUUUACCUGGUGUUCGAGACGGUGGCCGACGUUGAAGAACACGUGGAAAAUUACCUGGAAUACAAUACAACCUUGCAGGUUACGAUUGAGGAGCCCCGGUCUGCUUACAUGAUGAUGCCAGAGGUGACAGUCUGUAACAAGAACCCAAUCUACACGUCUAGCUUCUGCAAGGCCGAAAACAGACACCGCAUAGAGACAGAAACCAACAAAACGUGCAAAACUUCAAAUUGCGAAACUUUCAUCUCAUUGUACUAUCAAAAUCUUUGCUCCGGUGAAGACUCGGAGCGCGAACGCUACAGAAUUGUUUUCGGGACCCGUAAUAACGACGAGGGAAGGAAGGCCAACAAGUAUUUCUACGAAUGGCACGGAAAUCUGAUGAGUUUCGAGAAAGGACGCGAGCUAUUGAGUCUUCUGAGCUAUCCGGAUCCCGGCUCGCUGAUUUCGAUGUGCUUGUUCAACAACAAGGAUUGUUUCUCGAAAUUCAGGAAGAAUCUUCAGCCGUCAUACGGGAUGUGUUACAGUCUUUUCGCCGAAGGCGAAGAACCGGUCGUUCAAUUCGAAACCCACCUCAACGGCUUGAUGUUGAAUCUCAACGUUUUGGAGUAUGAAUAUCUGCCCAUGCUCACCACUGUCGGACAUGUGAUCAUGAUCCAUAGUCCUGAGGAGAAGAUCAACGCUGCCGAGGACGCUGUCUUCGUCCACCCGAGAGCGACGACCUAUAUAGGACUGCAAAAAGAGCAAGUCGUGAGACUUCCCCCACCAUCUAGGGAUCCUUGCACUGAGACCUAUCCUCCCGAGCUGCUUCAAUAUCUGGAGCCCGAAUUGAAGAAAGUCUACACGACGCUCGUGUGUCGGGAGCUGUGUACUCAAAUCGCGGUGUUGGAGGCCUGCAAAUGCAUCGAUUUUAGAUUCAUCCGACCCGCCAACGUCGCGUCCGUUGAAUGCUCGUAUGUCAUUCCCUCCCAAGGGCAGGAGAGUAGUUUGACCUGUGCGAUCGAAGUGACCAAAAACAUCGAAAAGAAUCCACUUCGGUGCGGAUGUUACAGUGCUUGCGUCGAGGACCAAUACAUAAAAACGAAUUCCGCCUUGUUCUGGCACCCCAGGCUUCAGAAAGACGUCGGUAACGCCUCAACAUCGACAGUAUACGUGUACAUGCAUUCGAACAAGAUCCACGUCCGCAGAAAGGUGAUGCAAACGAGCUGGAAAGAUCUCCUCAAUUCGAUCGCGGGCACCAUGGGUCUUUAUCUCGGAUAUUCCUAUUUAUUCGCCUUCUACAUUGUCGACAUACUCAUCCGGGGCAUUCUCGAAAUCGUGAGCUGGAAAAUAUUCAAACGGAAUCAAAAUCGACGCAAAUACGAUGAAAAAAUUCGUCGUAAUCUUAUAUUCGACACCCAGUACCAUUGA